UCGCAUCUGCCGUUAAGCUUACUCAUCUUAAACCUAUUCAGCCACUAAGCAUUCAGCUGUUACCGGGGAUGGUUGUGUAAAGAAUUGUGUUGUGUUCGCAUCAACUAAAAAACGAAUGAUUUCCAGUGUUAUUUUUUAGGUUUGAAUAUUGAUAUGCAGCUACUCAAAUGCUGGUAUGAAAUAGUGCAGAAUAUUGAAAAUAGCCGGGAAUUCAAAUUGUGAGGCCUUAUCUUCGAUACCUGCGUCUAAUUUCAAGUGUUAGUUGACAUGGAAAUCACUGAUUAACUCGUGAAAAAUAAACGAUUUUUCUUUCAAAGAAUAUUUUUGAGUGACAAAUUCCUAGAUGCCUGAAGGAAGGACUGGUGUUCUCAGGUGUUCAAUAUUGUAAAAGUAAAUGAGAAAGAAUUAAACCUAGAUUUUAUAGUUCUUGACGAAUCUCAGACGAUGAAUUCAAGCACUAAAAUGGUUUUGGAAAAUGUAGAAUUAUUUGGAAAAUGUAGGAAAAUCAAUUUAAAGUACAUUUAAAUUUUACUGUAUUUUCUAUAACAACGCCAUUGCGUUAAAAUUUGCCGCACCCACGUAGAAACCCACUGUACUAGAAACAAGCUCAAUUUGGUACGCUUAUGGACGUCUUCCGCCACGAUGUACGUGAUGCUUCGCAAGACGAAAGAGUCAGUAUUUGGACUUCUGCGGCGUCCAUAUAGCGGCAAGCAUCUCGUUGCUCUAAUAGGGGCGGCUGCACUUCUCAUUUGGCUCGUGUUUUUAGUGGCUGGAGAUUAUCCAACAUUUAGGUAUAGAUCAGAACCUAAUUUACUGUACCUGGAGAAAGCUCCCGAUGAUGCCGAAAAUGAGACCAGGGAGAUCGAUGAUCUAGGUAAGCCUGAACUCAAGAUUAAUCCUAUAACAAAAUUGGAUGUGGAUGCUGACACAGAAAAAAAUGACCCUGACUACAACUGGAGGAACCUUACUCCAGCGGAGAUCAGUCGUUUGUCAGUACUCGGUCGGCGCAUGUUCUUGAACGAAAACAUUGGCACUAAACAAGAUAGAAAUUUCACGAUCCAUAUCUGGAAUCAUAAAGAAUUUUCCGGUGAACUUGAUGAACGAUUUUUCAAAGUAGGCUCUUCUAAAAAAUUUGAUCCAUUUGAAGAUUGUUCUGUGAAUAACUGCAAAGUAACAUCACCAGAUGGUGACAUCAUGGCGGCCGACAUCGUGCUGUUCCACAUGCACCUUAUCCCGGGUCCCCCAGUUGACGUACCAAGAACCCCUGGACAGCUCUGGGCGUGGUUGGCUGACGAAAGUCCCUACCACGUAAUGAUGGUGUCGAGUGACCGCAACCUCAGCCAUUUCAACGGGUUUUUCAACUGGUCGAUGACCUACCGAAUGGACUCAAGUGUGCCAACACCAUACGGACGAACUGUUCCCCUGCCUAAAGAUGAGUACAUAUAUACAAUCGAUGAUUAUUAUAAAUUGAAGCAGAAAAAUAUAUCCUUGAUGGGCUCUAAUUGCGGAGGCAGCAACGAACGGUACACGUACUUGACCGAAUUGCAGAAACAUAUCGAGAUUGACGUGUACGGCGGGUGCGGGCCGCUCAAAUGCGAGGGACAUUUUUACACAAACUGCGACAAGUUGGACGACUAUAAGUUCUACUUGGCGUUCGAAAACUCAAACUGCGACGACUACGUUACAGAGAAGGUGUGGUGGAACGCAUUGAACAAGUCUGCUGUACCUGUGGUGAUGGGGGCGCCUAAACACAAUUAUCAGAAGCUGCUGCCCCCGAACUCUUUUAUUCACGUCGAUGACUUCAAAGGCCCCGAACAUCUGGCACAACACCUACAGUACCUCUUAGACCAUCCUGCCGAGUACCAGAAGUACCACUACUGGAGGAGACGGUACCGGGUACUCAACGAACACGGGUUCUUCCAGUCUCCCGUGUACCACAUGUGCAGACUUUGCGAGGCUCUCAACUACAACAACAAGACCGACCAGCGAGCAGACUUGGAGCAUUUCUUCGACAGCAACGAGCACUGUUACGCUGUGAAGAAAAGAGAUUAAAUAAUCAUUGAAGCCAUUCUUCGACAGCAACGAGCACUGUUACGCUGUAAAGAAAAGAGAUUAAAUAAUCAUUGAAGCCAUUCUCCGACAGCAGCGAGCACUGUUACGCUGUAAAGAAAAGAGAUUAAAUAAU